AUGGAGUCACGCAGGUUAGAGAUCGUUCUACACUCUGCAAAGGACCUUUACAACGUCAAACACUUUGGUACCAUGGAUCCCUAUGCCAUGGUCUGGUUCGCUGGAGGGGGCAUGGUGUCCGAAAUACGUACAACAGCAGUCGCAAAGAAUGCCGGUUCUUGUCCUGUCUGGGAGUUUUCCAUGGAAUAUGAAGCCGUUCCCAUGAAAACCGACUAUAUCCUCUUCUGCGAAAUCCAGCACGAUGGGAAGUUGUUGGACCGGAAAAUAGGAGAAGUUCAAGUGCCUUUCACAGAACUCCUCGCUGGAGAUGCUUCAAGAAAAAAUGCUAGGUACCCUGUGAAGAUAGAGUCUGGGGAGGUAAUGGGGUCAAUCAUCCUUUCACAUAAAUUCAUAGAACAGGUGGUUAUAUCCAGAACGAAGGAUGAUCAGGUGACGGCUUCCAGCAAUGUUUCGAGCACAUCAGGAACCAAGAACAAAGCUGAUACUGAAACGUUGAGCAGUGGGAAAAGCAGUAAGAAUAACGGCAAUGGUAAGGGCAAGGAUAAACAACACACACCAAUAAAGAAGGUCAAUGGAAAGAAGAAAGAUGGAAUGAUGAAAAGUAUUGCAAAAAGUGUGGUAACGAAAGUGGCUGCUGAAGCUGUUUUGUUUGCUGGAACAGUUGCGGCUUUAUAUGCCCUUAAUGAAGGCCUAACAGAGGAAGCUGAAGUUGAAGAGGAAGCAGAAGUUGAAGAUGAAUACGAAGACGAAGGCCAAAUUGAUGAUCAAGUUGAUGAGGUUGGCGGCGAAGAAGAAGACUACAAUGAUGAGGAUGACGGCGAAGAAGAAGACUACUAAGAUGAUGAUGAUGAAUAUGGAGAGGAAUAAUCUGAAGAGGGAAACGAGUUUGAGUAUUGAAGGGAUGUGGUUGGCACUCUUCCGUAAUUUACUAUCAUUUUUUUUAGGGUUUUUUUUUUUUUUUUUUGCAUGCUUGGUGUAUUAUCCUUUAUCUGUGUGUGGAUUCUUAAUAUAUAAAAUUUAAUUUAAUUUAGUUA